CGCGUGAACCGUCCCUCGCGAGCGCAGCCCGACGCCCUACCGCGCUGCCGUUGGAAUGGCCACGCGGCGCCGCGCGCUCGCCUGCUGACAUGCACCACUCCGCGUGUGCUGUCGCCCGCGCCCUGGACCGUCGGAGAAGCAGCCACCGCCCUCGCCGCCGCCGCCUUCACCGCUGCCGCGGGGCCGACGUCGUCGCGCUCGCCGUGAACGUGCCGUCCGCGAGUGCUUGUUCAGUGCGACAGCGUCCGGCCGCGUGUGAUUGUUGUUGUUGUUGUUGUUCGGGUGUGUUCGUGUGUGUGCGGCGCUGCAGGUAGCGAAGAAGGAUGCGAGCCAACGGGGAGACGUCCGCCUGGGCUGGGCCCAUGAACAUUUCCGCCAUGACCGCGAAAGGACCAAUACUCAUGCAGCGUCCGAGGUCAACUACGAAUGCUCUUCUAUUAGAGGCAUCAGUGUCAGGAGUGGACUUCACGCUGGGACUAUUCAGCUUCAUCGCGUAUCGUGCAGAAGUGCCCCGCUUUCAUCACCCGGUGCGACCGGUUCCGUGUCAAGUGCGUGCUAAAUGUAGCAUCGACGUGGACGGAACGGAAGAAAAAAAAUUGGCUGCAAAGCGAAACGAAUUUUCUCAAAAUGGAGCAAAGCUGUGGAGAGAGUCUGGAAAAUUUCUAGGCCUCAUCCUUGAUCAACGGGGUUCUUCGGAUGCGGCCCCGUUCCCGCGAGGAGAAUUCGACGAGCUCAAGAAGAACUUUCGAGCUGUGCAGGAGGAGAACUUCAAGCUGCAGGCGGUCAUCACCGACGUAACGGAGGUGAACAAGCGCUGGCAAAAGUACAACAAUGACCGGCAGCUUUACGUGCAACGGCUGCUCUCUACAAUCCAAGAUCAGCAGGAGCAGAUGAACAAGAUCGUGGAGGACCGAGUCAUUCACUCGAAAGAGGUGUGCGACAAGGUGGGUGACGCGGCCGCGCCGUCGCUGGAGGCGCUGCUGCAGGAGCGCGCGCAGCUGCGGGAGGAGGUGGCGCGGCUGACGCGCCAGCUGGAGUCUGCGCGGCGCGAGCACCGCGAGCACGUGGAGGUGCUGGAGUUCCAGCUGAAGGCGCACCGCGACGACUGGGAGGCCGAGCGCGGCGAGAAACAGCAAGCGCUGCACGACAAGGACGCCGCCGAGCGACGGGUGCGCGAACUGCAGCGCGACCUGCGCGCCCUCAAGCAAAAGUUUCGUGAGGAGAAGCUCCAGAAUUGCACGCACUGUAAAUGUUGUGAAGCGCAUGUCAGUGAAAUUGACCAAUGCAACAUCUUCCUCCCUGGCAGCCAAGUCAAUAUGUGUCGGAAGAACCAUGCCAAAACAUACAGAAGUACUGUACAUGUGCCAUGCACCUCAAGUCCACUGCUGCCUCGAGGAACCACUAUUUUCUUCAGUGAUGAUUUGGUAGUGGAUGGAGAUAAAAAAGAAGGUGCCAAAUUGACUGAACUCUCUGCUGAAGUCUCGAAACUUAGUGAAGAUGAUGAAGAAAAGCUGUGUGUUAAAUGCCCUGAAAAUUCAGAAGAGCUUCCUCCUCAGAUAAACGAAGACUCGAAAUCAGUUAUGCCAUCUAGUGAGUUAAAAUUUGAUGGUAAUAAUAAUUCUCCAAAAACUGCUCUCCCUGAAGUAUUCCCUGCAUGUAGAGACAGUGCGAAUAGUUUUAAUAUUGUAGAAAAGGAUUUGGUGAAGGACUCCUGGGAAGUGCAAGAAAGAAAGAGUAGUACAGCUGAACUGAACUUAGAACAUGACAGUAGUGUAGUUAUACCUGUAGUGAAUGUUACUCCUUCCACCAGUACCAGCAGUAUUGAUUUGGUUCCUUCGGAAAAUGUAGCAGAAGAAGACGGCUUAGCAGCUGGCGGUGUCACCAUUGGUUUCGAUAGUAGUGGUUUGGCUUCAGUAAUGGGAUUCUCUCACGUACCUAUAGCAAAGUCCUCCUCGUUACCUGAAAAAAGGGAACUGAGAAAAGAAGGUGUUAAUCCAUUAAUCUCCCGUUGGUCUUUUGAUUCCUAUUACACAGCCCUUCCUAUUGCACGUCCACCACCAUCUCACAAUUUUGGAACUAGUAUGGACUCGCUGAUCCAAGAAGGUCGAUUUCAACAGCAGCCAGCUCCAUCUUCUGCCUUGAAAGAUGCUCUUCCUCCGACCAGUCAAAAACCUCGAGCUCAGAAAGUUAAAUACUCCGAAGAAGGUGUGGCCACACAAACUGAAGAUGAUGUCAUUUGUCCUGGAUGUGGGCAAAUUUUCCCUCCAAAGAUGCAUCUAAAGUUUCUCGAUCAUUUUGAAGUAUGUCAGAACAGUGGGGACCAAAAAGUGAAAAACUGAAAUUACCCACAGUUUUCCAGUGGGUAGAAACUAAACCAAAUAAUAAAAGGUAUUAUCUUUAUAUAAAUGUGAUGUCAGGGUACUAUUAUUUGGUUGCUAUAUUUUGUACUUGUAGACAUUACAUUGAACUUCCACGUAAAUAUUUGCCAAAUUGUACCAGGGUCAACAUGACCUUAGCCGGUACGUGUGAGAAAUUGAAUAGUUUGAAUGGGCUGUUAUAUUGAUUUUUGUUAGCAACACUGAAAUGAAAAGAUACAAAUACAACAUUGUAUUGACUAUUACGAUAAAUAUGUACUGAUACAUUCAGAUUCAUCUAUCAGAAAUUACACUUUUGUUCAUGAAACAUUUUCAUGGUAUACUUGUUUUUCACUAAUUUAUUUGUGUGAAUGUUUUAUUUUAAUUUAUAUUAAAGUGAAAUUUCUGUCAAUGAACACAAGACAAAACAUCUUAGACUAGUCUUUUGCUGAUUUAGCUCUUUUUUUGUCACAAUGUGUCAAGGAUCUUCUAAUAGAUAACUUCAAUGGUUUGAACAGUUCCUAUUCAAUGAUUAAGUGCUGCACAAUUUGUUGUCUCAAAUAUUUGUGUUUCUAUGCUUGUCCUUUGCUUAUUUUGUGUAGCACUACCUGACUAUUCCUUUGGUACUAAAUGUAAACAAAAUAUUUAUUGAUUUCUAUACUAUUGUGAUGUUCACUAGCAGUUGUAAUGUUUCAUGUCUGGUGGCAGUCUUAGUAUUCACUUGGAAAUUGGUUAUAUUUUCUUGUUCUGGACAGAUUGUUUCAAAACCUCCCAACCUGCAGUACUAACAUGUAACAGAAAUCACUUCAUACUCUAGUCUAAAUGAUAUGCGAUUGUGUAAUGCGAUGAAUAAAACUGUAUGUUUUCCUGUAUUUAAGAAGUGUUUUCAUUUCUUCCUUUGUCUGUUAGAUUUAUAGUAUAGUG